AUGACUGUAGUACCCAUUCCAACACAAGAAAUCCCUGUUCUCGAGAGUCUUAUCACUAUCCGUCACAAGCUCUCGGCAUUGAAGAAAGACAGAGAUGCCAGCCCAAAAAGUGAAACAAUCCUUGAGCUCUACCAAGAAACCGAAAAGCAAGUGGAGACGCUAGCUGCUAUUCGAUCGGGUGAUGUUUGGGAUCCGACUCUUCGCAAUCGACUCAAUGACGUAUUGGACGAUGUCAUGUCGCUGCUUUCGCUCUUUUACAUGAGUCUUGGGCGUAAUAGGCAAAGUCCUGCCGUCUAUGUCCAUUUGGUAACUGCCGAGCGCUAUUUAGGUCAGCUGGCACAAAUGGGUAUCUACACAGACUCGAUCCUCGUGGAGAUUGAAGCACGACUUGCCGAUGUGGAAAAUAUCAUUUAUGCAGACGAGAAUGGUGAGAUCGCAUCAUCAUUCCUUGAUCUACUCAAGAAGAAAUUGGCCCGAUGCACACGAAUUGGAUAUCCUUCUCGAAUUGACUCGCGACGUAUCUCCGGAGCUCUGACAAUGGGCUUCUUUAGCGAAUCCAUACACAAGGAGCUUACAACGUUAAGGCGAGAUUUGGGCAUAGUCGCCGCAAGGCCUGCAGGAUUUACAGCCAAUGACAUUUUACCGUUCCAGGAUAAGCUGCGUCAAAUUGAUCAACGUUGGUCAUCCAAGGAGAGCGAUCAGCUGCCCGGCAAAGGAUUGAUUGUUGGCUUAUUGGAGCAACUGCACGAAGAGAUACAUGACCUUAUCGCAUCAACCGAAAACGUAUCAGCAUCAUUGGUUCCAUUGGCUGAUCGUCUUGGACGUUACUUUCCAAAGGUACAGAAAAGCGGGCCUAAUCCAUAUUAG